AUGGCAGUCACUCCCACGCGCUUCUCUAUCUCCCAUGAUCCUUCUUCUUCUUCUUCCACCUCUCUCACUAAUCUCCAAUCCCAAUUGAUCUUCGGUUCUAAGGACAAUUUAAAGAAAACCCAAUUGAAAAUUCCGGCUUCUUUCAGAGGAAAAUCUGCAAACUUGCGAAUGAUGGCUACAGGAAAGACAUCUGGACUGACUCAGGAAGCUAAUGACCGUACAUGUGAUGUUACAGUUGAUAGAGAUAAUAAAACUGAUGUAUUUGACGACAUGAAACAGCGGUUCCUUGCCUUCAAGAAGCUUAAGUACAUGGAUAACUUUGAACACUACAAAAAUCUAGCAGAUGCUCAAGCUCCAAAGUUUCUGGUGAUUGCUUGUGCAGACUCAAGGGUUUGUCCUUCUGCCGUCCUGGGAUUUCAACCGGGUGAAGCAUUCACUGUUCGUAACAUUGCAAAUUUAGUACCUCCAUAUGAGUCUGGACCUACUGAAACAAAAGCUGCUCUCGAGUUCACGGUGAACGUUCUAAAUGUGGAGAACAUCUUAGUCAUUGGUCAUAGCCGCUGUGGAGGAAUUCAAGCUUUAAUGAGCAUGGAAGAUGAAGAAGAUUCCAGUAGUUUCAUAAAAAACUGGGUAAUUGUGGGGAAGAAGGCAAAGGAAAGCACGAAAGCUGUUGCGUCAAACCUCCAUUUUGAUCAUCAAUGCCAACAUUGUGAAAAGGCGUCGUUGAAUCAUUCAUUAGAAAGGCUGCUUGGUUACCCGUGGAUAGAAGAGAAAGUGCGGAAAGGAUCACUGUCACUACAUGGCGGGUACUAUGAUUUUGUUAAUUGUACAUUCGAGAAAUGGACGGUCGAUUAUGAAGGAAGCAGAGGUAAGAAAGAAGGCAGUGGAAUCGCUGUUAAAGACAAGUCCGUUUGGCGCUGA